UCGUGACAUCAGCGCCAUUAUGGAGUAAUUUCAUUACGCCGGGAGCAGAGCUGUAAUCAUUCAGAGCAGGGCUGUAGAAAGGGCGGGAUCGUCUGGAAUAGGGCGGAGCUAGACCGUACAGGCCAACGCUUUCCCUUCGGAGCUACACGCCACCUCCCCCGAGCAACCGGUAGUACACAACCCGGUAGAGUCGAUCACCGGAUCAACGGUGAAGUCCUGCUCUUUAGUACUGAAACCAAAACUUUCAACACCGCCACGCAAAGUCAGACUUCCAGGAGUUAUAACGAAACAAGUGACAGAAGGAUUCGCCCACUAGCCCAAGUUUUCUAACCUGACUACAGACCGGGGCGACCGGAAAUUUUCAUCGGGGCUACCUGCGACCCACUCCCGAGGAACUAUGGAAGAGUUGACGGCGUUUGUGUCCAAAUCGUUCGACGGGAAAGACAAGGCGGAGGAGAUACGCGAAGAGCGGACGUACAAGGAGGUACUCGGGGACUUGAAGGGAGACAUGGACCAAAGGCACGGGGACUCCGGGGCUGAGUCCGAUGUAGACGGGGACGAUCUCUGCCCCGUGGGGUCCCCUGGCCUCCCCGUGGGUCUGGGGGGAGGAGAGAACAGUCCCGGUCCGGAAAACAAAGACCCGUCUAAACCCGGAGAGAAGAAAGAUGACAUUGAAUCUCCGAACUCCAAGGACGGCAAGCUGAAACAGCGACGCUCCAGAACGAACUUCACCUUGGAGCAGCUUCAGGAGCUGGAGCGCCUGUUCGACGAGACGCACUACCCAGACGCCUUCAUGAGGGAGGAGCUGUCACAACGGCUAGGGCUAUCAGAGGCGAGAGUACAGGUUUGGUUCCAAAACCGGCGAGCAAAGUGUAGGAAACAGGAGAACCAGUUACAAAAAGGCGGAGACAUGUUGUGUUCAGCGUUGCGAGGCAAUCUGACCACGCGUGUUUCUGCACACACAGGUAUGAUGAUGGGCUCCAACCUGGACACCUGCCGGGUGGCACCCUACAUGAACAUGGGCACAGUGCGCAUGCCCUUCGAGAGAGUCCAGGCACACCUCCAGUUCGAUGCUGCUGCGCACGCGCCACAUCCAAGCAUGAUGCUCUACGCGCCUGCGCCCUACGCUCUACCCAUCACGUCCAUGGCUGGUUCCCUGGCUGCGGGGUCACUAGAGGUCACCAAGAAUAGCAAGAACAACAGCAUCGCUGACCUGAGGCUGAAGGCACGCAAACACGCCGAGGCACUCGGGUUGUAGGUCAAAGGGCAAAUUUCAAUCUGCACAUCAUUCUUCAUCUCAGGAAAUCUCACCAUUUUAGGACUUUGUAUGGAAGACGUUACAUCUUUACUCGUUAUUUGAAGCAAAAAUAUUGAUAUAUCCCGGGCAGGAGAUAAAAAAUGCAACGAGCUUUUCCAAAAGACUAUUUGUCACACAGAAGAGGUUACAUCUUAAGCGUUU